AUGACUGAAUCUAAGUCUAAUGCAAUUAGCGCAGUUUCUAAUCCCAAUACAACACCUUCCCACUCUGGAAAUAUUAUUGUAGUAUCCAAUAGAUUACCUGUGACAAUCAAGAAGAAUGCGGAAACUGGUGAAUAUGAAUACUCCAUGUCAUCUGGUGGGUUGGUUACUGCUUUACAAGGUUUAAAGAAAACUUCCACUUUUCAAUGGUAUGGUUGGCCAGGUUUAGAGAUUCCUGAUGAUGAAAAGGAAAAAGUUAAAAAAGAUUUGAUAGAAAAAUUCAAUGCUAUUCCAAUCUUUCUAACUGACGAAAUUGCAGAUCUACAUUACAAUGGGUUCAGUAACUCCAUCCUUUGGCCAUUGUUCCACUAUCAUCCAGGUGAGAUUAACUUUGAUGAAAACGCAUGGUUGGCUUACAAUGAAGCUAAUGCCACCUUCGCUGAGGAAAUCGUGAAGAACGUAAAUGAUAAUGAUUUGAUUUGGGUUCAUGACUACCAUUUGAUGUUGCUGCCUGAAAUGUUGCGUUCAAGACUUGGUAACUCUGUUAAAAAUAUUAAACUAGGUUGGUUCUUGCAUACCCCAUUCCCAUCAUCAGAAAUUUAUAGAAUCUUACCUGUUAGACAAGAAAUUUUAAAAGGUGUCUUAAGUUGUGAUCUCUUAGGUUUUCACACAUACGACUAUGCAAGGCAUUUCUUAUCUUCUGUGCAAAGAGUAUUGAAUAUAAACACUUUACCAAAUGGUGUUGAAUACCAAGGAAGAUUUGUCAAUGUCGCAGCAUUCCCAAUUGGUAUCGAUGUUGAUACUUUCACUGAGGGGUUGAAAAAAAAGAGUGUACAGACACGUAUUCAACAAUUAAAGGAAACGUUUAAAGGUUGUAAGAUCAUUGUCGGUGUGGAUAGACUGGACUAUAUUAAAGGUGUCCCACAAAAAUUGCAUGCAAUGGAAGUAUUUUUAAAUGAACAUCCAGAAUGGAUAGGCAAAGUCGUCCUAGUUCAAGUGGCAGUCCCAUCUCGUGGGGACGUUGAAGAAUAUCAGUAUUUGAGAUCCGUAGUCAAUGAGUUGGUUGGGAGAAUCAAUGGUCAGUUUGGUACCGUGGAGUUUGUUCCUAUCCAUUUUAUGCAUAAAUCUGUUCCAUUUGACGAAUUGAUAUCCCUAUAUGCAGUUAGUGAUGUCUGUUUAGUUUCAUCUACACGUGAUGGUAUGAACCUUGUAUCAUACGAAUAUAUUGCUUGUCAACAAGAAAAGAAAGGGUCAUUAAUUUUAUCUGAAUUUACAGGUGCUGCUCAAUCAUUGAACGGUGCGUUAAUAGUGAACCCAUGGAACAAUGAUGAGUUAUCUGAUGCCAUCAAUGAAGCGUUGACUUUAUUACCGGAAAAGAAACAAGCUAAUUGGGAGAAAUUGUAUAAAUAUAUCUCUAAAUAUACGUCUGCAUUUUGGGGUGAAAAUUUUGUCCAUGAAUUAGCUAAUACCAGCAGUGACAACAACGUUUCUAAGAAGGUCUCUACAUGA